AUGCCGACGUCCAAUAACUCUUUACCCGCAUGGUAUCAUCGCCUGGCUCCUCAUUUCAAGAGUGGAGGAGUGGUUCUUCCAUGGACUUUCGACGAAGAUAUUUCCGACCUUGAUGAAGAUGAGACCAGUAAUUACGAUGGUCCUGACGCUGCAUCUUUUCAUCAACUAAAAGAGAUGCGAGAGCAGCGCAAGCAGGAACUACAGAAACGAAAAGACUUCGUCCAGAAACAGAAAGACAGAAAUCGCCAAGAUGAGAUAGACAAAGUGAGGGAAGUUCAGAUGGCAUACGAAACCCUCGAGUCUUCCAUGCCUGCAGAACACAGCAUGCCUGUCCUCGGUCCUUUAGACACCACGUUUGAACUUUACUCAAUCGACUACUUUAACCACUUGUACGAUCCUACUCCUUCUGGUAGCCGUAAGAAAUACUUGAGGUUUCAGCAUGCGGAAGAACAACCGCAAGGACCAGGAAAUAACCUUCUUCUCGAAGGCAUAUUAUGGCUUAACCCUGAUGCUGAGACCAAACUUGCCCCAUUCUACCCGCCAACUCAGUCGAGUUUACAACAUUACAGGCUUGACACUGCCGAUGGAAAGUUCGCACUUAUUCUUCAAUUUGUUGAUAAUAACUAUUUAACUCUUCGGGUCAGUCGAGACCUCGUCUUCAUGAACAAGCCGCAGGAAGCGACAGGGCCACAGACAUUCGUAUUUGGAGGAAUUCGAAAUGACUGGGGAAAGCAACUACAAGCGUUUGCAAAGAUGUCUGCUCAGGGAAGAGAGGAUAUCUUCCUUUCCAAUAUGUCAACUUGA